GGGCUCUCAGGCGCAGAGGGAUCUGACUGAUAAAUGCUUCUCCCUGCAGCCAGACCGUCGGCCCCGUCCGUGUCCGGCCCCCCCAGCAGGGCAGAGCCGGGUCCCCCAGUGACUUUCACCUGCACGUCAGGAGGAUUCUCCCCCAGAGACAUCGCUGUGACCUGGCUCAAAAAUGGGGCCAAACUCCCAGCCCCCCAGCCCCGGGUUCUCCCUGCACACGAGAGCGUCUCCUACAGCGUGUCCAGCACCGUGGGGGUGAGCCUGACCACAGGAGACACCCGCUCCCAGCUCACCUGUCAGAUAGAGCACAGCACCUUACCGGCUGCCCUGCGUGCGACGUACAACCUCAGCGAUGCCCUGCGAGUUCCCCCCAGGCUGCGUGUGGGCACUGCCCCAGCGGCGCCCGUCGCACUGAACAAGUCUGUGACGUUCACCUGCCGUGCGGAGGGGUUUUACCCAAAGGACGUGAGUCUCACCUGGCUGGAGAACGGACAUGAGACGAAUCUGGGAAAACCCUCCCCCCUGACUGAGAAUCCAGACGGGACGUACACGCUCCAGAGCUCCCUGGAGGUCAAAGCAACUGAGCAGAGGAGGCAGUCUGCGUUCACCUGUCGGGCUGUGCACGAUUCCCAGCCCCCCGUCAGUGCCAGCACGAUGCUGAGACUCUCCCAGGUUCCUGCUGACCCAGGUAAAGAUCCCACUUCACCUACUGCAG